AUGGAAAAGCUGGACUUGGAUAUGAAGAGAUCUCGUCAGCAAUGUCCUAUAGUUGGUGGUCUCAUGUAUGGCAUCCUUGUUGACGAUUUAGAUAAAAAUCCAAACGUGCUUGUGGCUAAUGUUAAAGAAAGUGGCAAUUUAACAUUUCCCACAGAAAUAUUUGCUCAUGCUGGACCGCUGUAUUCAACAGCCUAUAUGGUUCCAACACGAUACAAAUACACGAAAUUUUGGCGCGUCAAAACACCAAGUGCGUCCAAAAAUGUCUAUCGUGAAAAUGAAGCAGACACAGGUAGGCACAACAUCAAGAAAAGUUUGUAAAAGUUCUACAAUAAUAUGCCGGAAUGUAUAUUCGAACCGUUUUGUGUUUUCCAAUACUUUUGGUCUACCAUAAAUACAAUUGUUUCCCUUUGUAUUGCUGAAGGAAAAGACCUCUACCAAUGGAAAAGUUCAUUAAUGUUGCCACUCUUGUCUGGUUCACUCUUUAGAUAGUUUACGACGCAAAUCAACGAGUGACGAUGAUGCUAUACACUACUGGACUAAGCAUGGGCUAUGGUCCACUUCUUAAAAUUCGGUUUUAUCUAAUUUUCGCUGAGAAAACAACUGACAGUCAAUUAUGAAUACUACAGAUGGGCCUUUCUUAUGUUUUUCUUGAGUAUUUCCUGUACUGACUGCUUUUUCUGCGCAACGAAAAUUAAACUCACAAUUUACCAAGAAAACUUAGAAAGCGUUGGAUGCAAGAAGCUUUUGCCGGUGCCUACUUAAGAACAUCCCCCUUUUCCCGAGUUUCUCAAGAAUGGCUCUACCGAAAAUUUUGAAACUUUCAGAGUAGAUAGAUCUCGACUAGCAGAGCAAAAGUUGUCAUAGACUUAGAAUUCUCGGAUACUCCCUUCUAUAAGAAAUAGGAGACGCAAGCUCCAAAAAUGACUUGAAGUUUUCCUCCUCGCAAACAUUCAACAUUCAUUUUUUAUGGCUCAAUUUCUUUUUAUUUCAACUGGAACCAAAUCCGGGUGUAUAUUUCUUUUUCUUUGAAAAAUACUGUUUCAUUCGCUUAGGAGAACCAAAAUACUGGAAGUCCUGCUAAAAAACGUGCUUUUUACUUAGGGUAAAUUUUGUAAAGUCUGCCAUAAUCACCAGAACAAUAUUUUUCAGAAAAAAAACAAUACACGCCGAUUUGGUCCUAGUUGCCAUAAAAAAAUUGCAGCUCAAUCGGUCGAAGCGUUUGGAAGAAAAAAGGAGAAAACUUCGAUUUUUCAUUAUAAAAGGCGCUUUUGAGAAAAGCGAUACUGUGCGUGUUGGUGCUAAACAGUACGUCUAAUCGAAAUGACUCUAGCUUUGGUUCCCUUAUGUCGCCUGAGGCUGCAGUUUGUCUUGUUCGAUUCAGAAGAGUCUGCUCUAUCUUUCACACGUAUGGACAAAAGUUUUUCGUUCCGUUUUCGAAAAUUUUGAAUUUUUAGCUGAAUGAAGCCGUUUUCGGACCCCUUCGCCGAACAUUCAUAACUUCUUGACUGAACAUCCAUUUGAAUUCGCUUGGAUCUCAAAUUGAAGAGCACAGUCUGGACUACAUAGGAAUGUGUCAAACUCAACUUCGACCUACGUAGUGUUUUUGGUGGGGGAAAGCGGGGGUGCCCUUAACGAAAUCUACGCUAUAUAACUGUUCUACGAAAAAGUUCAUUCUUGUUUAUUGAAUAUUGUGUAUUUUAGGACGCCAACAUGCCUCGCAACUCUUAUCUCAGAGAUGAACUGUCGAUUAAAAACCGGUAGAAGUGCUAUCAAUUACAAAGAAACAAAGUACACACUACUAGAGUAAGUAUGAACUUAUUAUUUUAUAAAUUCCUACUAUUGUAUUUCGACUUACAGAAAUGAUGACGCUAAUGAAAGUGUCAAAUCGAAAACUAGUGAAGAAUAUAAGAAGAAAUUUGAGGUAAUGGUCCCGUUUUUUUAUCACAGGAUUAACACAGAUGUCUCUAUUCUAUCAGGCUGUCGUAGCAAACAUUGAACAAGAUUGCAAACUGUGUUUCAACAGAAUCACAGAGCACUACCAG